AUGCACCGGUACCUCCAACGGUCUGUCCCUGUGACACCCGUGUCCCUGAGCAUGUCAGGCAACCUGAGCGCUGAAGAUGUGCAUGCCGACGCUGCCCCUCUGUUAGAGUCGCGAUUCUUGCGCCGGGUUCGUGCGGAGGUCGACCGCAAAGAGCGGGCUGAGCAACUGCGCAAAGGCACAGCCGCACGGCUCAUACAGCAGGCCCUCAGGCGCUGGGCACAGACGCGCCAGCUUCAACAACGGCAUCUUUCUAUCUAUAGCAGCGUACGGCCAAGCUACGAGUUCGAUCCCAUUCGCGCCGCCGAGCUGGACGCUGCUCUCUGCUGCAUUCAGGCGUCGCUGCGCAUGUGCGCGAGCAGUCGCCUUGUCGAGGCGCGCCGAGUGAAGCUGCUUCAGCAGACCACCGCUAGCAUACUCGACCUGGCGUGCCAGACAACGUUGCACUGUGCCGCGUCGAUUCGGCACAUCAACGACCGACAACUGCGCGAGGUGCUGUGCCGUCAGGAAGCCGUGGAGCGUCGAGAUCUUCUGCGGCGGCACUUUGUCUUCUUGGUCUGCUGUCAUCAGACUUUCUUCAACGACUCGCGUAUGUGGGACGCCGGUGUGUCGAUUCGGCGCAUCCCUCUGUACACGCACCACGGUCUGUUGUCAGGGGAGACGUUACCCGUGAUCUGGGGUACCGCGACAUCCUCAUCACCGCUGACUAGCGCCACAGCAGAUGGUGCUGCGGUGCGCGGUGACGCAGUGGCGUCACCGCUGCCACCACAGUCGUCGCCCUGCUCCGCGACCGCCACCGUCGACCGGCACAUCAAGGGCUGGGGCUCACCAGCGCAACCGGGCCCGCGCCUUUUGGAGGCCGUCGGUAGCGGCUGGCUUGAUGGCACGGAGGAGGAUGGCGGCCACUUCGACAUCGACGCGGCUCUGCGUCUAGGCGAGUACCGCUUCUUAUUUUCCCCGGAGGAGUGGCGUCUUCUCAAGGAGCUGAAGGCGUCGUCGCUGCACCCUGCCUCGCCCCUCUUCGACAGCGGCACAGAUGGGCGACGCGUAGGAUACGACGCUGCUGGAGUACUGGGGGCUGAGGCGGGUGCACUUGCCGCGCCUCCAGGCCAGCUUCAGAUGGUGCCCACAGAGACUGCACCCAAGGAUGCCUGCUCGUUGAGCUACGCCAAGGCCUUCGCGUCGGCCUUGACAUUUCUGCGACAGCCGCGUAUUGUCGAUCCAAGUGUGCGGUGCACCGUGCAGCACCUCCACGACAUCCGCAGCAGCACCCUGGAAAUGGAACAGGAGCUGCGCGUGCACGGCUUCCUCUUUGCAGCGCAAGUGGCUCCGCUUCUGAACCUCGGGUUCCACUACCAAGGGCUAGCGCGAGGGGACGCCGACUUGUCCUGCUUUACCACCACCUCAGCCAUGAAAACGUGCAGGCCUCUGGUGGCUGGACGCGUCGCGUGCGCUGCGACCGAGCUGCGUCGGUGCCUUAUUGGAGCGGUUCACGACAGCGGCUGUGCAGCCGAAUCGGUGCUGCCUGUGGCGCUGGGGGAGCAAAAAUGCAGUCUUAUGGCUGCAGCGCGUACGCCAAGUCAGAGGCCGUCACCGGCGGGUGUGUCGAGAUCAAUGCUGUCGCUGCCGCGUGCAACGCCCACGGCGGGACUCAUGCGCGACGGCUUCGCGAAUCCUGCCACUGAAGCUCUCUGCCAUGCUCCUGCGAAGACGGCGCCGUGCACUGGUGGCGCUGAUCCUACGUGCGGGUCAACACACACGGCGUCAUGGUACGGUAGCGCGAUAGGCACCGCCCUCGCGGCGGAGUGGAGCCGGCGGCUGGCCUCCAGCGCAGAUGAGGUCGGGCCCUACUGGUGUGAGUUUAUCUCCUCGACGGGAAUCGACGCGCUUGUGACCGCCGCUGGCAGGAAGGGCGGUACAUCUGGUGACGCUGACGCGGCGUACCAGACUGGCCCCUUGUUGCCGUCACCGCUACUGCCGAUGCGGGUGAGACGGGGUCUCGAAUCACACCUUGCUCCUGGCGGCCCGUCGUAUCUCUUGCAGGAUUUCCUGCCAUCACCAAUGCGACGGCAUGCAGACAGCAGUGCUGGCCCACAGCCUCUCGCUGCAGCCACCGGCUCUGUCUUUGUCGCCGUCGCGCGUGCAGGAGCCUCUCCGUCAACUUCGGUGUCUACCACCACGUGCAGAAUGGUGCAUCCUAGGGAGUGGUGGGAUGCCGUGGAGCGGUUGCUGCUGCGAGAGUACACGAAUCGCACAGAGCUCUUGACCAACGAGACUGUGCAGAGAAGCUCCAUCGACGUACUGCGCUCCACGACUCACCCAUCUGCGGAUGAGUCCGUCGCAGAGGCGUAG